AAUGAGCGCGCGGUGACGCGCCAGCCCGGGGCCAAUGGGCGGCCGGUGACGCCGGGCGGUACAAAGCGCCGCCCGGGGCCCAGAGCGCGGAGCACGGACGGGAGCGGCCGCCGCCAUGUGCGACUUCUCGGAGGAGCAGACCGCGGAGUUCAAGGAGGCGUUCCAGCUCUUCGACCGCACCGGCGACGGGAAGAUCCUGUACAGCCAGUGCGGGGACGUGAUGCGGGCGCUGGGGCAGAACCCCACCAACGCCGAGGUCAUGAAGGUGCUGGGCAACCCCAAGAGCGAUGAGAUGAACCUGAAGACGCUGAGCUUCGAGCAGUUCCUGCCCAUGAUGCAGACCAUCGCCAAGAACAAGGACCAGGGCUGCUUCGAGGACUACGUGGAGGGGCUGCGGGUCUUCGACAAGGAGGGCAACGGCACCGUCAUGGGGGCCGAGAUCCGCCACGUCCUCGUCACCCUCGGCGAGAUGAUGACGGAGGAGGAGGUGGAGCAGCUGGUGGCCGGGCAUGAGGACAGCAACGGCUGCAUCAACUACGAAGAGCUGGUCCGGAUGGUGCUGAGCGGCUGAAGACCCCUCAUGUCACCGUGCCCGCCCCCCCCCCACCACUGGGGGUUUUGUGCCUUUUCCCUCAUUUUCCUGCCACCAAGCACCCCCUCCCCCAACCCCAGCGCCCCCCCCCCCCCCCCGCCCCCAGCCCCACCGGCUAAAUUAUUGCUCCACAGCAUCAAAUAAAGAGUUGGAAAGGUGA